GAUUUUACAUUAAUCACUAAUACUACGUACUCCCUCCAUUCCUUUUUGUUCUUCCCAUUUCCUUUUUUAGCAUUUCUUUUUGUUCUUCCCCUACUGAAUCUUUACUAUUUUUGGCCAUAGUUUUUUUACCAAUUUACCCUAAGAUUCCCCACUAUUUACAAAAAAUACCCUAAGAUUCUACCCUUUCCCACCCACUUUUACCCCACCCACCUUAUUUAAUUAAUUAACCUAACCCUACCCCCCCUCCCUUUAUUACCCGUCCCUAUCUCACAAUCCCUCCCUCACCUCUCAUUCUGAUUUCUCUCUCUCACCUCUUCGGAUCUCUCUCUCUCUCUUAUUUCACUCUCUCUCUCUCUUAAAAUUCCUCCCCUGUUCUUGAGAAAACCCUAGGUUUUCCGCCUCUGAUCUGGGUUUUCCUCUCCAAAUCUCGCAAAUCUGAAACGUUUUCGCAGAAAAACGUUCAUAAAAAUUACUCGGAAUCAUUUUCCGAUCAGAUCCCCUCUAUUUUUGUCCCCUUUUUGGUCCCUAAUCGUCGCUGAUCUCUGUUUUUCUGGUACUUUAUGGGUUCUUCUUUGUCUAGAACUCGAGGUGAUUCUGGGGUGGGAACUUCUGGUCAAAGAAUCCCCGAUUCCAACUGUGAUUGGGGAUCCAAGUGCAACUGUCCCAAUAACGAGCAUUCCUACUCCGCCGAAUAUAAAAACAAUCUGUAUUUGGCCCAAAAAGAAAAUACGAGUACUCGAAACUAUUUGGAAGAAUGGUUUCGGAAGAGGGAAGUGGAGCCAGGAGAGGAGGUUGAGUCAAAAUAUGACGAUCGGAAACCCACUCCCUCAGAUCUGCGUUUUUUCGGUGAAGGAGAUUCCGAUGAGGAACCAAGUGGGUCUGAUUCAUUUGAUCUGGUGUAUGUUGGAGAGUGUGAAAAUGAGAAUGGUGAUGCUGUUGGGUCUCCAGGACAACUUUCAUCUGGUUAUCCCUCCUCAAAGAAAGGAGAAAAGGGAAAAAAAUCGGCUUCAGCAUCUGAUGAUGCUUAGAUAAGUCUGUCUCCUUUCUCCCUUUUUUCAUUUUAUUGAAUGCUGGCUAGCUGUGGAGUCAUAAGGUGGAUGCCAACAACUGUGAUCUGUUGUUGGCCAGGGGUGUUGUUGUUUGGAUGAUGAUGUUGUGAUUAGUUGUAUGGAUGUUGAUGUUAGAUAUUUUAAGUUAUGAUAUUGAUAUUGAUAAUGAUGAUUGGAUGAUGGUGUUUCCAUAUGGUUAUGAAAUUUUGUGGAAUGUUGUCUGUGUGAUGAACAUGAUUUGAUGGCUUAAUGUCCCCUGUUUUAUGGUAUGUUUUGUGUAUGAUAAAUAUGAUGCUUUGGUGAGUAUGAGAUUUGAUCAGUAUAACUAUGUUUUGGAUUAGUAAAGGCAUGAAAUGAAUAUAAUUUGGGGAUAGGGUUUGAGUUAUUUCAGUCCUCUCAGUGUGGCCUGGUGUUGAAUGCUUAAUGUCCAAGCAUGUCCCUUUAGGAUACAAUAAUGUCCCUUUAUUUAUUGUGAUCGAUGAUGAGUCUUUUUUUUGCUGAGGAACAAGUCCAACUAACCACAAAUGCUCGUGCUGCCAUUAGUAUCAGUAAUGAUAUUUCUCGGGCGCUAAGUGUUUGUGGUUUGGAGUUGUUUUAAUGAUGCUUGGGGACAUUCUGAGAUCAAUAUUAGGAGGUUUGUGAUCUUCAAUGAUGUGAUUGUUGAUAUUCUGAGAUCUUUGUUUUGAUAAUUGUCCUUUAACUUCUUUUGUCGAACGGAGUGAAUGUCAUUUCACACAAUGGAAUGUGAAUAUCAAUCAUUCCGUUCGGCAGAAGAAUGUUAAAGAUAUGAUAGUAUUGAAACUACUUGAUCAAUGAUGUGUGUCAAUAUGUCUGAGAAAUGAAACCCUACAUGUUAAUGAUCUGUUUAAUGCUUCAUGUCCCAUUAAUCAGUGGAGGUCUGUGAUGAGUCUUUCAUUUGAUGAGGUUCAAACCCUAUGUUUUGAUCAGUUCAUGGUGAUCUGAUGCAUUGUUGAUUGUUAUUGUUAUGCUUGAUCUGUGAUGAGUCUUUCAUUUGCUGAGACUCAAA